GAACAGUAAACCCCUGGUAUGCUUACAUUGUUUUUCUUACCUCCCUUUUGUUCACAGAAUAGCAUGGGAUUUACGUUUUAGAUACGGUAAAGUUUAGAAUCAACAAUACUUGAGGUAAUUGUAACGACUAUUGUGUGUGUGCUUUUUGAGGUAGUCUCAACUGCGUGUUUAUUUGGACAGUGAAGCAAAACCUUUUAAUUUGGCUCUAUACUCCAGCAUUUUGGAUUCGAGAUCAAAUGUUUGAGGUGACAGAACAGAAUGUCACGUUAUAUUUGAGGGUAUUGUCAUACCUCUGUUUCAGCAUUUGGAAAUGAAAGCACUUUACGUGUAUAUGGGGGCGGCAGGUAGCCUAGUGGUUAGAGCGUUGGACUAGUAACCAGAAGUUUGCCAGAUCAAAGCUGACAAGGUAAAAAUCUGUCAUUAUGCCCGUCGUUAACCCACUGUUCCUAGGCAGUCAUUGAAAAUCAGAAUUUGUUCUCAACUGACAUGUCUAGUUAAAGGUAAAAAAAAAAAUAUAUAUAUAUAUAUAGUCCCCCCCCAUUUGAAGGUGUCAAGUAUUUGGAUGAAUAUACACUGAACAAAAAUAUAAAUGCAAGAAGCUGCAAUAAAGAAUCCCAGGCCUUUUCCAUAUGCACAAAAGCUUAUUUCUCAUUCUGUGCACAAAUUAGUUUACAUCUGUUAGUGAGCAUUUCUCUUUUGCCAAGAUGCUACACCUGGAAGCUUAUUAAACAAUAUGAUCAUUGCACAGGUGCACCUUGUGCUGGGGACAAUACAAGGCCACUUUAAAAUGUGCCAUUUUGUCACACAAAAAUUUUAAUACCAAUGUUUCGACAGCCAAGCUGUCUUCAUCAGGGUAUAAUGAUUCAUGACACAGCAGUGACAUCUUGUGGAUAAAUUGAUUACAAUAUUUAAUUUAGUACACAUUUUCUCUUAGGUGGUUGAAAAUGGCAUCUUUACAGACAAUACCACUUACAAAUACAUUUUUUUCCAGAAUAUCUACUCAAAGGUUAAAAAAUAAGUACAUAAAUAUAAAACAGUUGCCAGGGAAUUUCAAGUCAUGGUGUCCACUAAAAAUAGUUUCACCUUGCAACAUUGCAUAGUCUGGCAGUCCAAACAGUGCCUGGUCAAAUAUCCCUGUCCAGUGUCCACUCCACACUGUGCUGGUUGGGGGAGGAACUCGACCCCUUUUCCCCUGCUCCUACUUCUCUCCUUGUGCCUGUAUCUAUCUACCUGGAAAAUGAAAUAUGCUAAUAACAGAGGCAAGUGUUACCCUUCAACUGCAUGCAUGACACAAAAGUGUGAAUUGUUUUUUUGUUUUUUCUUAACUAGUUGUUUGCUUUGAAAUGUUUAGGUACACUGUACACUAUAAGAGCUUUGUGGACGGGAUCCCUUUGACUUGAAGACAAAUGACCUCAUCGCUCUGUGUAAAGAGGUUCAUAGUGGACUGAUGAUAGCUGUAGUUAUUACAAUGUAUAAUUAGACCAGAGUCAAAAGUUCAACCAAAGUAUAAUGUGUUGCAGAUAUGAAGCACCCUCUAGUAAGGAUGAGAAACGUUCAUUCCCAGUCCUCUCUGGGGAGUGACACCGACUCGCAGCCUGUCCUGAAAGAAGAGGAGGAAGAGGUAACACUAGAGGAGGAUAAAGAGACGGAAGAGGAGAAAGAAGGGGACGUAUUGACGGACUCAGAGCUGGAUCCUGAGUUGCCUGAGGAGUAUUCCCAUGGCCUGGAGGACCUGAGGUGGAACCUGAGCUCUCUAGAGAAGGCUGUAUAUCUCAGCCUGCCACCGUGGGUCCAGAGAGCAUUGCUGUGCAACCUCAUGGCUAAAUGUGGUGUAAACAACUCAUUCUUCCCAGCCCGUCUGCUGUCCUACCUGCUGCUGCCCUACAUACUGCCAGCCUCUAUCUUUCUCCAUGUCAACUACAGGGUGCUGUGUUGGCUCCGCCAAGUUCCAGGGAAGUGGCUGUGGCCGGGUGUGGAAAUGGCUGUGCCAUUCCUUCUAAAGCUCUCUCACCCCAGGAAGAACCUCAUGCACAGGUUGUUGCCCUCUGGUCCUGUCAGAUUUAGGCCCGGUGGUCCUGCCAGGUUGUGGCCCUGCAAUCCUAUCAGGUUGUGGCCCUACAAUCCUGUCAGGUUGUGGCCCUUCAAUCUUAUCAGAUUCUGGCCCCUAUGCUUUCUGGCUUCUGCCAAAGAAACACAUACACAGUUUAAGAGUGCAGAGGAUCCUCCUCCACAGCAGCGCCGUCGCUCUGUCCUGCGGUUCCAGCUGUCUACCACCAGCACCCAUUACACAACCGAGACCCCCAACACCCCAACCGAGAGCCACCUUGACCCCCUGGGCUUCUCCCUCCUCUUCAACCUGGAACUAGCGAUGGACAACCAGCCCAAUCAGCCCAACCACCAGUCUCUACUCCACCAAAGCGAGAGGCUGCUGCCACUGGAGUAUGGCCCCUGCAUAAAGGAAGAGGCCCUGGCCUCCCCACACAUCCCCUACAUGGGGGUGGAGGAAGAGGAGGAGAGGAUGUCUCAGGGAGGGGAUGAGGUGGAGGAAGGGUUAGCUCUCCUCCGCAGGCUUCCUGUGGAGUGUGCCAAUACUGGCUACUAAUGUUGGCUGACUUUAGGGUCAGGAAUUUUUCCCUGAUCGGGUCACAUGGUUGGGAAUGUGAUUUUCUCAGCAAAUGAAUAGCAGACCUAAGUCUGCCUGUAUCCAAUUCACAACUACUUUGUACUUUGAAGUAUAAUGUAUGUUGAUCCCGAUUAGUGAAGUCGACUCUCAUGUGCCGCAUGAGGCAGUAAGCACAAAAGCUCUCUUUCUGCUACGCUCUUCCAUUCUCACUCCAGGAUUGACAAUGACUGGAAGGAAUGAUGAUUAGGGUAGAGUCCCUCUUAGUCACGUCACAUAGUCAAAAUAAUUCCCUCAUGUCCCUUAUCAGCUGACUUCCAGGUAAAGUAGUACUUAUAUUAUAUUAGAUGUAUUUUAUGAAAUUGUAUAUGCAGCGCUUGAAAGAGACACUGGUCUCAAUGGUGACUCCCUGAUUAAAUUAAGGUAAAUAAUGUCCACAGGACAUGUAUUACACCUCAACUAGUUUAAUCAGAUUACGUUCAGGUAUUUGAUCGUGGGUAUUGUUCAUCAAGUGAGUGGCAGUCCUAUGAGUGGGGGGCUACCCGGCAGAGAUGAAAAUAUCAUCUUGAACGGAAAACUCCAUUCGCCCACUGGCGGUAGGAAUUUAAAGCCUUGGGCACAAGAAAGGCGGCAAAUAGCAAGCAGGACAUUUUAUCCUAUCUGGUUACUAUCAGUGUUUGAUAGGAUCCUAAUAAACACCAUUAAUUUGUUAGCUGACUAGUAAUACCUUUGGAUUGAGACAAUGUUAAGCCUUUUCACCUUGACCAACUGUUUUGCUGAGGUUGAGUGGAACUUAGUUCAUUUAAAUAAAAGUAAUUAACAAA